UCUACGGGUCAUGUGAUCGUUCCUGCUGGCACUCUGCCUGAGUAGCUAUGUCAAAAUAAUAAGAUUUUUGUCAGUUAAAGGCGCGUUGAAUAAGUCGGCGAGUUAUUUUAGGAUAAUCCUGAAAAAAUGCAGAACGUCAUAAACACGGUGAAGGGAACAGCUCUCGGAGUGGCAGAGUUUCUCACUCCAGUGUUAAAGGAGUCAAAGUUCAAAGAGACUGGAGUCAUUACACCAGAAGAGUUUGUUGCAGCUGGAGAUCACUUGGUUCAUCACUGCCCCACAUGGAAAUGGGCAACUGGGGAAGAAGUGAAGGUGAAGCCGUAUUUGCCUCAGGAUAAACAGUUUCUAUUGACACGCAACGUUCCAUGUUACAAGCGUUGUAAACAGAUGGAGUAUUCUGAUGAGCUGGAGGCCAUCAUAGAGGAGGAUGAUGGAGAUGGGGGCUGGGUGGACACUUACCACAACGCAGGCGUGUUAGGAGUCACAGAUGCUGUUCAAGAAAUUUCACUGGACAAUAACAAGGACAAGAACAUGAACGCCACAUCUGCAGCAUGCUGUGAUGAUGAGGAUGAAGAUGAAGAUGAGGAUGGAGAAGCAGCAGAUAUGGAAGAGUACGAGGAGAGCGGCUUGUUGGAAACAGACGAGGCAACGUUGGACACCAGUAAAAUAGUGGAAACUAAAGCCAAAGCAGAACCAGGGAGCGAAGACGCCAUCCUUCAGACCAGAACCUACGACCUCUACAUCACUUAUGACAAAUACUACCAGACUCCUCGACUCUGGCUGUUCGGAUACGAUGAAGAUAGGCAACCACUGACUGUAGAACAGAUGUAUGAGGACAUCAGUCAGGACCACGUGAAGAAGACGGUCACCAUCGAGAACCAUCCACACCUUCCUCCACCUGCCAUGUGCUCCGUACACCCAUGCAGACAUGCUGAAGUGAUGAAAAAGAUCAUCGAGACCGUGGCAGAAGGUGGAGGAGAGCUGGGAGUCCAUAUGUAUCCUUUAAUACUGACACCACCCCCUGGUCUGUUUACCUCUUUAAGCACUUUAACCGUUAUAUCAUCUCUUUACAAUCAGCUGAUCCUUAACUGGAACUUUCAGGUAUCUUCUGAUUUUCCUGAAGUUCGUGCAGGCUGUCAUUCCAACAAUAGAGUACGAUUACACGAGACACUUUACCAUGUAGCUCCGUCAGCCAGAGUCUGCUUCAGCUUCAACGUCACAGAUCAGAGAGUUCAUCCGGACACAGCCAGUUUAUCUUCGUGGAUACGGGAACGUUAAGACAAGUGACAAACAUGUCCAUUAAAUCAUUGCUUUAUUUUCUUUAUUUAAAACAAAAAAAAGCCCAAAUGUGGAUCAAUCAAAGUCCUGUAAGAUGCUUUCAGUACAACUCACUGAAAAAGAUGUGGAAAUGUCACUUUAAAACCUUCAUUGUGUUGAAUGUAAGCUCUGUGUUCACUCUUCCUUCAGCUCUGGAAACAUUUAUCUCUUAAGCUGUGUGUGUCUGCUAAAAACCAGAUGGAAGCUUCUUGAGUAUCUGCAUCAUUGACACUUCUCUACAGCUGCAGGAGUCACAGUGGUUCCUGUCUCAGUCCUCUCCUCAUGCCACUUUGUCUUAAUGCUGCAUCAUCUGAAUGUGAUAAAACAGCACGCUUUCUAUGUUUUCACUCCGACUUGCGACGGACCGGUUAUUUAAACUCUGCAGGUGUAACGUGUUAAUACUUACUGUGUGUAUGAACUAUGUGGAGGUUUGCAUUUUCAGAUAUAUAACAAAUAAAGAGCAGUUUUAUCAUCACAUUUCUCUGUCCUUCAAUAAAUUUCUCAUAAAAUCUG